AUGGAACCAGGCAGCGGCUCUGAAAAUGGAACAGUUCAGGAUGAAGCACAGGGACUGCUGAGGGAACGACUGAUGCGGUCCGCGGCGGAUCCAUUUUUCAUACAGUCCCUGUGUAAAUCCCCCAACGAGGGCCCGGGGUUCACCUCCUUUAGUAUUCUACGUGCU